CAUGGGGGCGGGGGCCCGCCGCCGCCGCCAUGGAGGGGGUGCUGUACAAGUGGACCAACUAUCUGAGUGGCUGGCAACCUCGAUGGUUUCUUCUCUGUGGUGGUAUCUUGUCCUAUUAUGAUUCUCAGGAAGAUGCCUGGAAGGGUUGUAAGGGAAGCAUCCAAAUGGCUGUGUGUGAAAUUCAAGUUCAUCCAGCAGAUAACACCCGAAUGGACCUGAUCAUCCCAGGGGAGCAAUACUUCUAUCUGAAGGCAAGAAAUGCAGUUGAGAGACAAAAGUGGCUGGUUGCAUUAGGAACUGCCAAAGCCUGUCUGACAGACAGCAGGACACAGAAGGAAAAAGAAUUCACUGAAAAUACGGAAGCCUUGAAAACUAAAAUGUCUGAGCUUAGACUGUACUGUAACCUCCUUGUUCAGCAAGUGCAUAAAACUAAGGAAGCCAGCAUUUCUGGUGUAUCAGAACCAGAGAGUGGUAUUGAUAUGGGAGCUCUGUUGAAAUCAACAUGUGACACCUUCCUGAAGACGCUUGAAGAAUGUAUGCAGAUUGCAAAUACCGCCUUUACUUCUGAGUUAUUACAUUGGACUCCACCUGGAUCCCCACCUUUAGCAGUUUUCAGAUCAAAUAAGAUAAAACAUUCGGUCUUGUCUAGUCACACCUCGACAGAAAGGCAGAUGGAAUUGAACCCCUGUGAAAAUGGUUCUGUAAAAGCAGAAUUUAACCAUCAAGAGCAAACCCUUAUUAGUAGCCUGGCACAUUUAAACUUGGAAACAAAUGAGGGGAGUAGUGAUGUUCUGGUUGAAGACCACAUAGAAGAGGAUUUGGCAGGUGAAUGUAUUAAAGAAGAUGGAGAGAGUGAACUGCAAGCUGUAGAAGGCUUUGGUGCCCACAAGUUGCUGCAGUCAGAAACAGAUUCUAUAUGUGGAUUGACUUUAUCAUGCGAGGAAGACAGAAAUGGAAAAGAUUUUCCUACUUUCUUCAGUGUCAUGAGCAAUAGGUUUAGCGACAUUGAACUCCGUGAGGAGGAGGGCAUACCAACAGAGGAGUUUCUGGAGUCAUGUUAUGCAAUUGUGCCCGUUCUGGACAAGCUGGGACCAACUGUUUUUGCUCCUGUUAAAAUGGACUUUGUAGGUAACAUCAAGAAAAUAAACCAGAAAUUUAUAACCAACAAAGAAGAGUUUGAUACCCUUCAGAAGAUAGUGCUUCACGAAGUGAACGCAGGCGUAGCACAAGUUAGAAACUCUGCUACAGAGGCUCUCUUGUGGCUGAAAAGAGGCUUAAAGUUCUUGAAAGGAUUUUUAACUGAAGUGAAGAAUGGAGAAAAGAAUAUCCAAACAGCUCUGAACAAUGCUUAUGGGAAGACAUUACGGCAACACCACGGAUGGGUUGUACGCGGGGUCUUUGCGUUAGCUUUAAGGGCGGCUCCAACAUAUGAAGACUUUGUGGCAGCACUGUCUAUAGAGGAGUGUGAUGCUCAAGAAGAAACAUUUUAUAAAGGGAUGCAGAGGGACCUCAACAUCUACUUACCAGCCAUGGAAAAGCAGCUAAAUAUCUUGGACACUCUCUAUGAAGUACAUGGUUUGGAGUCAGAUGAGGUGGUAUGACAGCAAGACACUGUCUUAAAACUUCAGGGACUGUGUCUGUUAACAAAGUGUUUUGUUUUUGAACAUUUCUGUUCAUUGUAUCCCUUCUAUUGGGAAGGGUAUGAGUACUUUUUGGGGAAGGGUAUGUAUGAAUGUUUGUGUGUAUGGUUUUUUAUGCUUGUUUAUGUUUAAAUGCAAAGGUACUAUUUCUCUUAGGGUCAUAGCUGUGUCCCUGAUGAAUGCUUUUGACUGAAUAGUUCUGCCUCUCUACUGCUUUGUUCCUUCUUUUCUCUUCCCUUCAUAAUAGUAGCGGAGCAGAACUUGGCCUUUGCUCCCACAUUUCACACAGGAACUGUGCAUGCAGCAGCACAGUCCACACUAGCCGACACUGCUGGCCUUGGCUGUGCCGUGCCACGUGCCAGCUUGUGCGGUGACGCUCGUCUCCCUACCACUGUGUAUUAGCUGUGUAGGAGGACAGAAGUAAUGAGAGUUACUGUCACCCUGGUAGCAGAAGAGAAGCGGCAGUUAAAUGCCAGCUUAUUUUUUUGACUUAUUUUGGGUGGAAGUGCUUUUGCUGUUCAGUGCACCUCCCUAAACUUUAGAGAUCUUUACCUCAAGCGCAUGUGGCUGGUGCUCUGAGCUUCCCAGGAGCCAUCCUUUGAAAGUGGAUAGCACACUGCAUUCCCUGCACAGCUGCCAGUGUGCCAUGUCCUUUCUUUCGGCUCCUGCCACUGGGACAAUCCUACGCAAAGCUUCCCCUGCGGGGAUCCUGUAGCAAUGCUCCUACUGACGUAGCUCAUGCCACAGCGUGGGGGAGACUGCUGUGCCUUCUGUUACUUGUGGCAGAGGAUGGAGAGAUGCCCUCAGGGCUGUGGAAGGAAGGCUGUGAGCGAUGGAUGCUGUUUCCUCAGCACUGGUGCUGCUGGUGCAGCCCAGCUCAUUUCAGUGGUGCUGCAUGCGUCUGCAGCAGCUGACAGUCUGCUCUGUUGUUGAUCGUGUCUGUAGUCAGGGUAAUGGUUUCAAAGGUUUCUAAGUCUCAAUUGCACUCAGCACGCCAUGGUGCAGUAGAAAAUCAUGUCCAUCAUUCUGGGUUUUGGGAGGGUUGGGGAUGAAUGGGUUGGUUUUGAGGUUAGGGCUUUUAAAAUCAAUUGCACAUGAAGACAUAUUUGCCUUUUUAAAUUGAAUACAGCUAGCAGUUUAUAAGGCAGUUUUUUCUUGAAAUCCUUCCUAAGCUGGCAUUAUGGGCAGAGGCUUCAUGAAAGUGGGUAUGAAAUGAGUAAUGCUUGGGGAAAGAUAUAAUGUGUCACUCAGUCAUUAUGCAUUUGGUAAAUUACAAGCCUUUAGUUCCAAAACUGUGUAAUAAGACUAUUCUUCCUCCCCCCCCGCCACUCUUUUGCUGAUAUAGAUGCACAAAGCAAUCCAAAGGCCUAUGUCACUACAGAAAGAUUCACUUAUACCUUGAACUGGCAGUAAAUAAUUAAGACCUAAUACUAGCCUUCAGCACAAGUUGGGAAUUUUGCCCUUUACCAUGUCACUGGCUGAAAGGACUCUUUUUAAAAGCAGCAGUUCUAAGGAUUGAGUUUGUCAUGUACAGGAGAGAAGCCUGCUAGUUAGGUACUUGGAAGGGAGCAAAUCUUCAUCGAUAUAAGAGAAUAGUUUGUGUUGCCUUCUGCAAAGAAAUACUGGCUUUUGCAAGACCAAAACCCAUGUGGAUCCAAAGUAAAAUGAAUGUGCUACAGGACUGCUUUCCUGCUGAUGCAGUGUCAGAAGCCUCUCUGCACGCUUAAUACUUGGUCCUUUCUAUACAAUCUACCAUUGCUAGCUUUAAAAAGAGGAUUAUAGAAGAGAAGACCAAACAUCACACUUGGUGAAUAAAGCAAAAUACCAGAACUGUAAUUAGCUGUGAUUGAAUAGCGUGACUCUUUUUCCCUCUCCAUCUCCCAACAUCUCCUCUUAGAGCUGCUGGCUACCUGUAGUUCCUACAUGCUCCAGCAGUAAUCAGAAGGACACAGGAUUUGUUUGUUUAAAAUCAGUACGUUAAAAUAGUGGUAUUUAUGUCUAAAGGUAAAGUUAAAAGUUUUGGCCAAACUCUAUUAAAUUAUUUCACCAGUUCCAGUGCUAAAAAUGAAGUAGAGAGCCUUUGUGAUCUGCCUGUCUGCUUCUCUUGAGCAUGAAUGCUGAGAAACUGCACUUACAUUAGAACAACCAACUUUGUGUGGUUUCCUUGGGGUUUUCAGCUAAUAUGUGGUAAACUAGAAUAGUUCUCAGCUGGAUGCUCUGAGGAAAUAAUCGAGACCACAUUUCCACAUUGAUCUCAGUUGUGGUAGGAGGAGGACAGAGAAGGAUCCCUCUUCUGUAGAAACUAAUUGUGAGAGCAUGAUGAAUAUCAACAUCUCUUUUACUCUAAGCUUUGGCAGUAGCAGGAAGUAUCCAGCACUUAUGGACUUGGAGGGUGUGAGUUUGUUUUGCGUGGGUGUGGGUUUUGUGUGUGUGUUUUUUUUCCUUUUUUACUAGCAAGAGAACCACUAGUUUGAUAGUAGUGUGUCAAACCAAAGCUUGAUGCAAAAAGUAAAGAAGCUUUAUUUCUUAAAUAAGAAACUUAACAGCUUCAUUAGGCUGUUAGCUUCAGAAGUUACUAACUCCUGCUACUCCUCUCGCUUGCAACAAGUAGAGAGCACUAUGUGAUGUUCUGCGUAUUCUGUAAGCCUUUCUGGUCUUACUCCUCCUGCGUAAAAUCAGUCUUCCUGAAUUUUGGAGUUGGUGCUUAAGAAUUUUCUUAUGAGACAGUGGCUUCAGGAGGCCCCUGUGUGCUUUUCAAAUAGGGACUUGCAAAGAUGGAACUGGGCAAGGUCUCAGUUUUGAUAGCUCUUUGCUUUCACAACUUAUUCCAUUAUGCACUGCUCUUGCAGUGAGCACAUUUUUAGUAUUUAUGAAUGCUCUUUUUCCAGUCAAAUUACCACCAAGAAAGAAACCUAUAUAGCAUAUUGCAGAGCUGAAGUCUGUAUUACACCACUGGUAAAGAUACAGAAGAGCAGAUUGCCAAACAUAAACAAAUACUCUGCUAGACAAUUCAUUAGUUUUUCUUUGUGGUGUCAGUUUGGCAAACAGAACUGUCUUUGAUUUUAAUCAUUACAGAGAUCAAAGCAACUAACUCCUAACCCUUAAAUUCAGAAUUAGAGAGGAGGUAUAAUUGUGGUGUGUGUGUGUGGCACUUUUUUCCUCUUUCUUUUUUUCUUUUUUUUUUUUCUUGACUGAUAGUUAAGAACUGACCUGCAUACUGGUAGGCAUCCAUAUGGCUCUCAGAUAAUAGCACCCUUGCUCAGUGUACUUUGAACAAACUGCUUUGAUUCUUAAACUGCACCCAUCUGAAGUUUUGCACCCCUUUCUUUUAGAAAUGCUUUCAGCUGUUUUCUUCAGUGUCUAACAGUUGCAUAUUCUCAGGGAUUUUACUUAGCCGUGGCAAAAUAAGAAUAAUCACAGCCUUACACAGGGGAGUAAGGCUGCUUUUUGUGAAACUAAUAUAGCUGAGUGUAGAGCUCUGGUACAGCAUGCGACAGUGGCAAGUCCAUGCAGUGUGCAUCCUUGUUGAGAUGUGGUAAAUCCCAAAGCAAUCUGAUAGAAGUACUACCUAGUACUGAAUAAUGGCUGUCAGCAUAUUGUAAUAAGGAUCAUAGACAUAUCUUCAUAAUACAGUGCCGUUGGCAUUAGAGCAGAGCUCCUCAAUGACUUUGGUAGAAUGCUGUGUAGCAGUGGGAGGCUGUUAUUUAUUUUAUUUAUUUUAGAUAUUUUUUUUUAAAAAAAAUCUAUGCUCUGGAGCCCCCUCUGCUAUUUUUAAGACACCAUACUCAGAUGCAUAGUGAAGUUUUGUGACAUUACAUUUGUAACAUAAUGAGUCAUUGAAACAUCCUGUAUUGAUACUAUUAUAAUAUUGAUCUCCCUUUAAUAAAUGCACUUAAGGGUCAUGUACCUUCACUUACAAGAUUUUGUAAAGCAUCAUCAAGGUUUAGCUAUGGUAAUUUGCUUUAAAUAUCUUUCAUAGUUUGAAAGUUGUCACUUGCUUGGCUGGACAUAUAAAAAGUUUGCCCCAAAUAUGUUCCAGCUGUGUUGUACCUUGCUUGACCAAGGGAUGUGGACCAUUAUAGAGAAGUAUUGCUUAUGUCCAUAUGCUGGAUCCCACCGCCCUUUCUCCCCUGCCCCCCCUAUUUUCAAUUCAGUUUCUGCAAAAAAGAACCCUAGGGUUAGAGAACCCUAAAAUGCCUUUUAGCCACUAGAGGAGAGCAUCAGCAUGUUCCUGUCAGACUGUCUUUCCUUUUUCCCUGAUGUGUUCAACCUGUUUGCUGCUGGAGCUGCUGCUGUCAAGUCGAAGUCUUCUUAAGAGCCCUAAAGCAGGGGUUCACAAGUAAUAAAAAAUGUAAACUUGGAAAAGCAGACUUGAGUUCUGUGGCAGGCGACCAAACAUACAGCCAGAUGGACAACAUGCUGCUUUCCUUUAAAGUUGCUCUCUGGUUUGGCAUAUUUUGCCAAGAAAACUAUUUUACUUUUAAGUUUUCAUUUCACCAAUAAAAUUUAAUUUUGGAUACUUAAGAGUUGGCAGUUCUGCUUACUAGUGAAAGCACAGUAAUGGGCUUAUUUCUCUUCUCUUGCCUGUAGAAUACUGAGAGAGAGAAAAAAAAAAAAAAAAAAAAAACCACAGGAGAAAUCCUGUGUUUGUGCAUUUUUGCCACCCUCUUGUGGCUCCUUAGUGAACAAGCAUUGCAAGCUUUGCCCUCCUACGUGCUCCAGGUAAUACAAAAUUGCCCUUGCACAGAGGGGCAGCAGAGCACGCUUACUGGCUCUGAGCAAGCACAUAGAGUAGCUGGUCCUGCCCACAGUUCACACAAGCCUUUAAGCACUGCCAUGAUAAUAAACCAUAUCCCUCCACUAACCAUUAUUUAGUUUUUCCUUUAUUCAGGAAAGCACACGGGCUUCAGCAGAUGUCUUGGCCCAUAUCUCAGUUCCAGCUAAGAAGGCACACGUGUGCAAUCCUACAGUGAAAAGUAAAGCACAUACUUGGGUGCUUCCCUGAAUCAGGCCCUGAAGUGACUGUGCCCUUUGAUGCAUGCACACCUACACAUGUUUCACUUGAACACACACUCACCUAUCUCACUAGUGUGCAAAAUGUGGCCCUCAACUAGCAUUUUUUUGUGUCCCUUUCUUGUUAUCGUAUCCCCAUUGGGAAUACACCAGAUGUGCUGAAGUUGUUAUAUAUGAAACUUUUUCAUUUCCAUAUCCUGAUUUCUGUACUAAGCACUAGUACUAAACUUGCUUACUUUAUUUUGCAUUGCAGUGUUCAGGAGUCCAAAAAUUAUUCUUUGAUACCCUUACUUAAAACAGUCUUGGAAGUUUGAGAUGUAUGUCUACUUAGAAUGAAGCUUAGCAAGUAAAUUGCAUUCCAGAAUAUACUGACUAAACAACCAGAGUAACUUGCUUUUGUUGUUUCCCCUUUUUCCAUUUUUUAAGCUAAUUUUGGGCAUUUGUUUUAUUAAUGUUAAGCUGGGCUUAUAGUGAGCCUUACUUGGAUCAACACAUUUGAGACAAAGAGAAGGUAUAUUGGCCUCCACCUUAAAUUUACUUUGUUCUGAGCCUUGUUCAUGUCCCCCAAAUCACCUCUUGUAUUUGUAAGCAUUGCGCAAACUUCAUUAUUGUAAGCAGUUCAGAUUCGAAAUAUUUUGGAGUUUCCAGUUUGCAUCAUCUCUCAUUCUACUGCAUCUGUCUUUUUUUCUUUUUCCUUUUUUUUUCUUUUUUGGAGUAUUCUUGAGAUCUUUGUCAGACUUUUAUAUUAUUUCACUAUAAUAAACUUAUUUUAAAUAAGCAUGUUUUAAAAUCUCACUUCUUCCUUGCAUGAAUUUUGUUUCUUUUACUAAAUAGAGGGCUUAAAGCUCUCUUUUAAGACUGAUGGCUGUUCCAAGUACUGUGUGAACAGUCGGAAACGGUAUGUUUCUGGUUAAUGGAAACCUCGUGUAUGUAUCUUUGUACGAAGAAUGUUUGAACAUGUGGAGUCUGUUUUGAUUUUGAGAAUAAAAGCUGCGUCUGA